AUGGCUGACAACCCAGUUUGGAAGGCAUGCAAGCCCUUCGCCACCGGCUCGCUGUCGGGGAUGUUCGCGACCUGCUGUAUCCAGCCCAUCGACAUGGUCAAGGUGCGCAUUCAGCUCACAGCAGGCACCGCUGAAGCUGCAGGCCCUAUGACCAUUGUCUCAUCGAUGCUGAAGAAUGAGGGCAUUGGUGCCUUCUACACCGGUUUGACCGCAGGACUGACUCGUCAGGUGGUUUACACCGGAGCACGUUUGGGGCUCUUCGACCAGUUCACAGGCAUGGUCAAGAAGCCUGGUAAGUCGCUCUCCGUGGUGGAGAACGGUGGUUGUGCGCUGGCGGCGGGCGGUUUGGCCGCCUUGAUCGGGAACCCGGCGGACUUGGCGCUGAUCCGGAUGCAGGCCGACAGCAUGAAGCCAGUGGCUGAGAGAGCCGGAUACAGCAACGUCUUCACCACCAUGGGAAAGAUCGUGGCCAGUGAAGGGCCUCUGGGCUUGAUGGCCGGCGCGGCGCCCACGGCCACUCGUGCCAUAGAUGCAGCGAGGACCAGCCCGCCGUUCCGAGGUGCCAUGGCUCUCAACUUGGGAAUGUUGGCCGGCAAUUCCAUCGCCAAGGACAACCUUGCGAGCUUUGGAGUCACUGGUGGUCCUCUGGUCUUUGGUGCCUCCGCGAUUGCGGGCUUCUUCGCGUCCUUCUUCUCCUUGCCCUUUGAUUUCGUGAAGACACAGAUGCAGAAGCAGAAGAAGGAUCCUGUGACAGGUGAGCUGCCUUACAAGAGCUCCAUCGACUGUGCCACGAAGAUCAUGGCAGAGGGUGGCCCCUUGCGCUUCUACGCCGGCUUCCCCACCUACUACGUGCGCAUUGCGCCCCACGCCAUGCUCACCUUGAUCGCACAAGACUUCAUCAAGAAGAGUUGCUCGGCUGACCAAAGACUCAACAUCCAGGACAUGUAUGGAAUUGCUCAGGAGUGAAGGGCACUGUCCGCCAAUCUCCGCCAAGCGGCAUACUCCAGGUCCACUCAGUUCAUGAAAUCUCGCUCUCAGGCUCUGUGGGUUGAUGCCGCUUUUUUUGACUCCAGCCCUUUCUCCAAAACUCAUCUCAUGGGUUGAGGGCCUGCAGGGCUCCGCUCGGGGUUCACGGAGUUUCAUGGCACCCAGCGAGACGCCGUGUUCCCCACGAAUCGCCCGCAGCCGAU